GUGAACGGAGUUUGGCGUCUAGGCUUUUGGCUCAAGCUGAUCUGGUUCUGUCUGGACGUCUUUCUCUCCGCCGCCAGCAUCAUGAAUCUCGGCGCCAUCUCGGUCUACCGUUAUCUGGCCAUCGCGUAUCCCUAUCGAGUCCGGUACACCGUGUCCCGUGGACACGUGCGCAGCCUGCUGGCCACCUCGUGGGGCAUGGCGGCCGGUAUCAGUUUGGCCGUGCUCAUCGAGACGCUCAUCCUCGAGCUCGCUCCUGCCUACCUUCCCACUAACGUGAACACCACCUCCUCACACACUCAAACACACACACACCCACACCCACACAACCACACACACUCAGCCACCGUGACGACAUCAAACACACCCGAGCACAGGCCAGCUCCUCUCGCACAUACCGCUUCUGUCGAAGCCCCCACGCCUGCUCGACUCAUCUCCGUCAACGCGUCAAUCGGUUCAUCUCCUCCCUCAUACGCCUACUCACACUCACACUCACACUCACACUCACACACACACUCGGCUUCGCACUCCAACCUCUCCGUCAUCUUCCCUCCGGCCUCGGACUCCUCGACCUACACACUCCCCAAAAUGGUCUCGAGCAAUCAACCUUCCGCCGCGUUCAGAUCGCCCUCCACCUCGGAGUCUCCCAACAAAGUCUUUCAGCCGCCAUCCCCUCCAGACUCCGUCUCUCCUCAUUCCUCCGCCACUUUAAGUGCACUCUCGGUCGGAGCUCCUCCUUCCUCCUCAGAAGAGAAGAUUCAUGACCUUUCGCCAGAGCCAAGUAGCCACUUUGACUCAUCAACCCUACCGAACAAGACGCUCAAAUCACUGCAAUCCCAUUCGCACAAUUCCCUUUACCUCCGGCAUCCGACGCCUUUGGGGCCGUCCGGUCUGCGACGCGGCACCGGGCACAAGUCCGCUGCCUCGGGGACACGUGCACCGCUCGCGAUUGGUACAAUCGGUCCAACUGUCGAGCAACUGCAGCCGACGUCAAACUCGCCGGCUCCAGACGGCCCAGGCGCCGGUCAGAAAAGGGGCAAUCUGACAACGCGUGAAGAUGACACUUUGUCGAAGGCGUCGCGAUCUGCCGGACCGAGCAGGCCGGGUCGGAUGACAUGGCAGUCGAGGAUGCCCUCGCCAGAGGCGAAAAGUCGCCAGGCCGGCCAGCUUUCUCCGGCCGAGACCGAGUACAUGCUGGGCUCGAACGCAUUUCUCAUCUACGGCAGCCUCUUGUCCUUCUUCUUGCCGCUGGGCGCGAUGACGUUUACCGGCAUCCGCAGCAUUCAGCUGCUCAACCAGCGCAACGUCAUCUCGUCCGGCCUCCAUCAGGUUGGCGACUUUGUAGCAUUCAAGCCUUCCGGCCAAUGGACCUUUCGAAUGGUCGCUAUUGGUCUUAAGUAUGAAAUGGUCUCACCGAAAUCCGAGGCAAGAAGGCCUAACUGA